AGACAUUUAGCAGGCUCAAACCCUUGGAUCGAGAACAGGUCUCUUUCUGCCCAUGCCCAGAAAGCCCCGGGAUUCUUUGAACACCCUGGCCCAGCUUUGGGAUAGUGCCAAGGAUCUACGUGAAGUGGUCCGAAGUGAAAAGAAACUCUUGUUAUGUGAUGGCCCGGUUUUUCACGCCACUGUCAAGUCUUGCUCUCAAAACUGGGAACCCAUCUACGCAGCACUUCAUCUGACAAAAGAGACACUUACUUUGCCAGAGGUCACCCCUUUGAUGGCUCAGAUUGCCAACUUCUACCGUAUGAAUGGUUUGCAGCCUGCUGAUGACCAAGUCUACCGGGAGGCUUGGGGAUUAAAGGCCGCCUGUGGGCUGGUGAAGAGGAAAGGUCGAAGACAUGAACUAUCAAAGGACCCGAAUUUCCACAAGCUCUUAUUGGUGUACUUUCCUGAGCUGGAGGGGACAAUCUCCAACCUGGAUCUUAGUGAGCCGGCUGAAGCGGAGGAAAAGGAGGAGGAGCCUCACGACGAGGACCUGGCCUUGGACCACGAAGAGGACACAGGAGAUAGCGUGGACUCUGGACACGGUGCAGAGUUGGAAAACCUUCACCAGGAGAUUGCUGAACUCGAGGAUCGGGUAAAUGCAGUUGAAUCAGAAGAGAUUGCAGAUGCCUGCCACCCAGGGAUUGAAAAUCAGCUGGGCUUAGAUUCCGAAACAUCUUCCGCCGUGCCUGCCAGUGCUUCAGGGUCUGUGAAGCCUCUGGAGGAACAUCAUCCUGAAGUUCCAAGUGGCGCUGUGGAAGGCUGCACUUUGCGCAAGGCUACGCCUCUCAAUUCCUCGCUACAAAUCGAGGAGAUUGAGUCUGAUGAUGAUAUUGGCCCAGGAGGUCCGGAGCUCAACGACGUAGACACUGAGAUUGCCUGGAUCAAAGCAGAACUCCAGAGGCGAGCUCAGAACCUGCCCUCGAGCCACGCUGCUUUGGGAGGCAUGAUGGUCGUCGAUGAUUCUUUGCCUUUCCUUGGGAACAUUGACGCCGUGGAGACACAGCCACUUGCGGUGGAGCCUGCGCCGUCCCCCCCAAAGCAACUGCGGAUGGAGGUUGGAGUGGGCGCCGACCAGGCUGACGCCAGUGCUGAAGCCAAAACGCUUCCCAAGGCUACCAAUGAGCCUGCCUUGAAAGGGUCAGCUUCCGGUUUGGGCGGUCCAAGCAAGCCUUUAGAUGAACCCACCACAGUUCUCAGCCGCCGAGACCAAUUGAAGACGCGCGCUACUGCCCAAACCAAAAACAAGAAAAACAAAACAGCUGAUGAUGCUGACCCAACUGCUGGGCCAGAUCGUUCCAAGAAGCAAAAGCGUAAGAGACACGCAACUUCCAAGAAGCCCCGUGGACAGAGCACCAAGAAGCCCCGUGGCCGAAGCACCAAGAAGGCUCGUGGCCGGAGCACCAAGCGUGCAGCCUCAAACUCUUCAAAACCUUCCGGGAAGGUGAGAGAGAGUGAAGUGGAGGUUCGUGAGAGUAAAGAGCAAGUUGCCGGUUCCAACGAGGGAACCAGUCGCAAACGCCAGAACAAGAGCAGUAAGCAGAGUGAGACAAAGAGUGGCAGAAACAAGACACCCAAGACAAAAGCAGCAGCAAAGGCUAAGGCUAAGGCAACAGCCAAGGAGAAACCGAAAGCCAGCAAACCCACUGGGCGGGGACGGAGCAAGAAAGACCAAAGUGAUCAGGUAGAAAACAAUUCGAGCAAACGUGCUCGGAAGUCUUCGAAGAAGUCAGGGAGUGAAGCCGCACCUCCCACCAGUACUGCCACCGCUCCUCCCACCCCGGCUCCUCGAGAACCAGCAGCUGAGGUACUCGAGAAUGAUUUGCCUCAUGAUGCCAAGAGCAAGCGGGGACCCAGGGGUAGGAAGGUUGCAACUCCCCAACAGCGACCUCCUCAACCCACUGUUGAAAGUGGAGUGAUUCCGGAACUUCUCAGAUCUUUCAAAAAUGAGCUUUCUCACCACUGGAAGAUGGGCAAGACCAAUUUGAAGAGGGAAGACUUCCCCCCAAGAUCUUAUGAGAGAUCGGGAAUCAAUGGGUACUAUACACGGGCACGGCCAGCAGUUGGGUUGAGGGUCAAGGGCGCAACUUGGCGGACAAACAGGGAGUAUGCCAACUUUUCCUUCUCAUUGAAAGACACAUGCAACAUUGGUUUGGCAAUGGCCUGCGCUGUCGCCACAGCUACUUAACCCUAAUUGGGAGGGCAGGGUUUCGUAAGAAUGUCCACGGUGGAUUUGGACUAUGAUGGGUGUUCAACAAUCAAUGCAAUCUCUUUUUCUGGCAUCUUCCCACAAAAGAUCAUACGCGCGUGCUUUUAUUGGGCAAGGACCAAGCUUCACCCUCAGCAAAAAUUGUUUAAGAGAUCCCCCGACCAACUGGAGUUGUUUGUGUGUUCUGGAGGUCUGGUGUCUGGAACUCUGAGCCCUCGUUUCUUUUACCUCGAUCUGGGAAGGUGUUUGGGUCCCGACCCCUCCACAAACAAUGGGGGACGCUGAGGCUUCGCACGUUGAUGGCCUUGAGGAUCCUGUCG